CACUUUCAAGCUCUCUCACCUUCGUUUUUUUCUCAAACUCAUAUCUUCGUCGAUCGUUGAUUUGCAUUCGUUUCAAAAGACACAGGAUGUCUCUUUACACUAUUUUCUCUGCGGGCCUGCUCGCUCACGUCGCAAGCGCAUACACACAAGUCAACGUACCGUCUCCUUUUAUGCAAAAGAACGUCGAUCCUAUUGUCUUCCCCGGACAGUUCGACAAAUCGCAUCUCCACUCAUUUUACGGCUCCGACGCCGUAGUUGCUGGCACAAAGACCAGUGCUGAGCUCCAAAAGGGCUGCACAAACGCCGAUAACCCUAAUGACCUUUCUGUCUACUGGGUACCCACAUUCCUCUACACCGCCGAUGGAAAGACAUAUAACCCCGUCCCCGUCGGCCGAUUCAGUGCAUACUACAACCUAGGCGAGACACCCGCCGAGGUCCCCAUCCCACAGGACGUGCAGAUGGUUGCUGGAAAGUCUGGUGCCACUACCCAAGGUGCCAUGGACCCUAAUGCAAAGGCAACCUGGUUCUGCGAGGGUGACGACGCCAUCCCCGCUGACGCCAACGGCUUCCCCAGCAAAGCCUGCUCCACACAUCUCCAGCAACUCCUCUACUUCCCCCAGUGUGUCGACACUACGACACUCAAGACGGCCUACAAAGACAGGGCGAACGGCACACCCAACUGGUGCCCUGCUGGCAUGAAAUCGAUGCCCCAACUCCGCUUCUCCAUCCGCUACGAUCUCCGCAAAGUCCUACCGAAAGGCUGGUCUGGCACCGCGCCUGUGAAGCUGGCUUGUGGUGCCGCGUGGUGCUCACACGGCGACUUUAUCAACGGAUGGACUGAAGAGUCUGCCAAGAACAUGGUUGGUACUACCAGCGAGAAGCAGCAUUUUGCUGCCGUCACUGGUUCCAAGAAGGCUUCCAACUGCAAGGCUACGGAUGCGGAUCCCAGCCACGGUACUAGCGAUUAUGCUAAGAGCGUAGCUGUUAUGUCGAAGCGGAGCGUUGAAGCUCUGGGCUGGGAGACUAGGUCAAGGCUGGCGCGUCUGGUUCAAGACUCGUAAGUUGUCAGGGGCUGUGGAGUUGCGAUGAUCUUCUUGUAUAUAUGUAUAUAUUACCACAGAAGCCCCGAUCUGGGUAAAGACAAUGUUCGUGCUGCGGUUAGAUGCAGCCUAUAAACGUAUUAUUUAUUCUCA